AUGUCGAAGGAGAUUAAUGAACGAUAUAAACGACUUGAAAAUUUAGGAGAAGGGACGUAUGGAGUUGUUUCGAAAGCAUUGGAUAAAAAACUGAAUCGAUAUGUUGCCAUCAAAAAAAUUAAAAUGGAUGUUACAAAUGAAGGCAUUUCAUGUUCUUCAUUAAGAGAAAUAUCAGCGUUGAGUGAUUUAAAACAUGAAAAUAUAGUAAAUUUGUUAGAGAUUUAUAAUAAUGGGAGGAGUCUUUAUCUUGUGUUUGAAUUUUGUGAUAGUGACCUUCAAAAAUUUAUAAAGAACUUUGAAGGAGAUAUUCCUUUAACAACUAUUAAGAAUAUUCUUCAACAAUUAAUCAAAGCUCUUUCAUAUUGUCAUUCUCAUAGAACAUAUCAUAGAGAUAUUAAGCCUGGAAAUGUUUUUAUGAACAAUGAUGGAACCAUUAAGUUAGGAGAUUUUGGUCUUUCAAGAGUAUUUCGUUCUGAAUCAAAACAUUUUACACCAGAAGUUAUUUCUUUAUGGUAUAGAGCACCAGAAAUUUUAUUAAAAAUGCCAUCUUAUACAUCAGCAGUAGAUAUGUGGAGUGUUGGAACAAUUUUAGGUGAAUUAAUUCUUAAAAGGCCAUUGUUUUGUGGAAAAUCUGAACAAGAACAGAUAACUCAAAUAUUUGAUUUAUUAGGUGUUCCGAAUGAAAGAAAUUGGCCAGGAGUUAAUAAGUAUUAUCAUUUUACACAUGAUCCUGACGCACCAGUUCCAAUUGAUUUUAAUUCUCACUUUUCUCGAAUUGGAAAAGAAGGAACUUCAUUAUUAAAAUCUCUUCUUAUGUAUAAUCCUGAUGAUAGAAUGUCAGCUGAAAAAGCUUUGGCACAUCCAUUCUUUAAUUGUUAA